UCACUUCGACGCGGCGGGCAGGAGAAGGACGGGGAAGGGAGGGGCUGUGGUGGGAGUUGCCUGCCCGCUCGGUUUUUCCCGGAGAGGCUCGUCAGCGCAGGGACUCCUGAGCAGACAUUGAAGAACCAGUAUUUAGAAGACACUGGUUUGCAACUGGCGUCUUGAGAUGUCUGGCUCGUACGAUGAUUCUGUUGGAGUAGAGGUUUCUAGUGAUAGCUUCUGGGAGGUUGGAAACUAUAAGCGGACUGUGAAACGCAUUGAUGAUGGUCACAGACUUUGCGGUGAUCUUAUGAACUGUAUUCAUGAACGUGCAAGGAUAGAGAAGGUCUAUGCUCAGCAACUAACAGAAUGGGCCAAAAGGUGGAGGCAAAUGGUAGAAAAAGGGCCACAGUAUGGGACUGUCGAAAAGGCUUGGCAUGCCUUUAUGUCUGAAGCUGAAAAAGUGAGUGAACUACAUCUAGAAGUAAAAUCUGCUCUAAUGAAUGAGGACUUUGAGAAGAUAAAGAAUUGGCAAAAGGAUUCCUUUCACAAGCAAAUGAUAGGUGGAUUUAAAGAAACUAAAGAAGCUGAAGAUGGAUUUAGGAAAGCUCAGAAACCAUGGGCCAAAAAAAUGAAAGAGGUGGAAGCUUCUAAGAAAGCAUAUCAUGCAGCCUGCAAAGAAGAAAAGCUUGCUGUGUCGAGAGAGGCCAAUAGUAAAGCUGACCCAGCCCUGAAUCCAGAACAGCUAAAGAAGCUGCAGGACAAAGUGGAGAAAAGUAAACAGGAUGUGCUCAAGACAAAGGAAAAAUAUGAAAAGUCUCUUAAAGACCUUGACAGUGCUACACCUCAGUAUAUGGAAAACAUGGAACAAGUUUUUGAACAGUGUCAGCAGUUUGAGGAAAAACGUCUCCGUUUUUUCCGAGAAGUGUUGUUGGAAGUUCAGAAACAUCUCGACUUGUCUACUGUUGCAAGCUAUAAAAAUAUUUAUCGUGAAAUGGAGCAAAACAUUAAAUCAGCAGAUGCUGUUGAAGAUCUAAGGUGGUUCAGAGCUAAUCACGGUCCAGGCAUGUCAAUGAACUGGCCACAGUUUGAGGAUGAAGAGUGGUCUGCUGAUUUGAAUCGCACUCUCAGUAGGAGAGAGAAGAAAAAGGCUGCAGACGGGGUGACUCUUACUGGUAUUAACCAGACAGGAGAUCAGGUUUCACAGCACAAAAACAGCAGCAACCUUAGUGUCCCGAGUAACACAGUGCAGUCAGUACAGUCAAGUUACAAUCCUUUUGAAGAUGAAGAAGAUACUGGAAGUACUGUCAGUGAAAAGGAGGACAAUAAAAUCAAAAAUGUUAGCAGUUAUGAGAAAAGUUAUGGAACCGAAUGGUCUGAUGAAGAGACCAGCAAUCCAUUUUCAUCCAAUGAUACCCAAGCAGAAACCAAUCCUUUUGAUGAGGAUUCCUCCCCUACACUGGAAGUGAGAGUACGAGCAUUGUACGAUUACGAAGGUCAAGAGCAUGAUGAACUAAGCUUUAAGACCGGGGAAGAGCUAACUAAAAUAGAAGAUGAAGAUGAACAAGGCUGGUGCAAAGGACGCCUAGACAAUGGACAAGUUGGCCUUUAUCCUGCAAACUAUGUGGAACCAAUCCAGUGACAUAUAAUUUUAGCAGUGCUGUAGUAACUGUUAGCCGGUAUGAUGCUCGUGGCUUACAGUGAGGGGAACUGGCAGGAAUGUAUAUAUAGAUAUAGAUAUAUAUUUCAAUGCAGUUGAAUGAUAGAUUGAUACCUUAUUCUCUGGGAAAUCAUCUAACAAUGCAAAUUGGAACUAGGAAAAGGUGGGCAACUUAUAUACAGCACAGAACAACCGGGACAGAAUUUAAAAGAUAGUAUAGCAAGAAAAUGUUAUUUUAAACAACUAUUGCCAAUUUACUGUUUUAUCAUUACAUGCGUAUAGUUUCAGAAUUUGCUCUGUUUACACCUCAGCCCCAGUAUUCUGGGUGGUGGCUUGUUUAACCAGUUAUUUUAAGUGCCCUUCAGUAAUUUGCAACUUGAUGAUUUUUUAAAUGCAGUUUUGUACUGGUUCUUAGCAAUAUUUCAAAGAUUUUAUUUUUAAAUUUAAGGGCUAUGGUGUUUUUUUGUUUGUUUGAGCAACUAGUAAUUAAAUUAUGAAUCAGAUGUAUCCCCCAUUCUACAUUGUACUGUUAAUGUUUUCAUGCUCUCAGCAUGGUUUAAUUGUGUAAAAUGCAAUAUUAUGUCUGUUACAGAACAUUGUAGCAGAAUUGUCUGCAAAUGUUAAGGUUUGAGUUUUCUUGUGACUGCUGUUUAUGUAUUUUUGACUCCUGAAAUAUGAAUUUCCCGAAUGAUGACCAGCAAGAACUCUAAAAAGUUUAUUUUAAACUAUCCAUUGCCAUAUUAUUGCUAUAACAGACUUAAACUUUGCAAGUUAGAAUGAUUUGGUGUGAUUCCACAAGUUAAAUAUAGAUUAUUUUUUCAAGCAAAAGUGACUGUAAAGUAAGUGCUUUUUAUUGAUGUGCUCUUUAAGUUAAAUGUGUGUAUAUAGAAUUUGAUAUUCAAAAAUUUGAAGAGCAUGUCCUAAUUAGCACGCCUAUUGCCUAUGCAUUGGAUUUUGGGUAAAGUAUAGAACCAGUAAAUCAAUGUGAGCUUGUUGUUGACUUCAGCGGGAGGUAGAUUGCAGCUUUUAGCAUAAGCUAAGCAAUUUAAAUCACAAGUAUACUUAAAUCUGCUUUUCGAUGCAUACUUGUUUAGAUGUGAAGUAGAUCAGCUGCUCAAUCCAGUCCAUUGCGGGUAUAGCAUUCAGAGGGAUUCUCAUAGAACACCAGAGACCCAUCUCUUUUCUCUGUAAAGUUAUUAGAGGGACUGGGAGGCCUGCAUGCAUUACUAAUGUCUCCUGUUGAGCCCUCACACUUCCACUUGGUCAAAGAAUAGAGAUCUGAGUUAAUUUUUCGUUGACUCAGUGGACCAUGAGUAUUGGAUGACAAUUUGGGAAGUAUGCACAAGCUUCCCAUCAUCAUGAUAUCCUAGUACAAACACUUUGUAAUAGCCUGGAAGAGAAUUGGGAUGUGUUACAUGUCCUUAGGAUCCUUCUGUUGACAUUGCAUCCAUAGCACACUGGAAUGAAGCCUGUAUAUUCUGUGAUUCAGAUUCUUAAACGUGGUGAAAAAUAAUUAUAUUCUAGGAUUUCUAUUUGCUAGUUUAAUUGUUACUCCAAAUACACAUUAGCAUUAACCCCACUGUGGAUUAUUGUAGCAGAACACUGUAAAAUCUUCUACUUGUUCGCAUUAGGAAAUCAGCUGUGUAAGUGUCAAGUUCUAUACCUUUGUAGGAAACUUAAAAUAGCUGGAUUGUGAACAUGUUAGAACAAGUUGCUUUAUAGGAAACUUUAUCAGGUAAGUAGAUGUGCUAAUUUAGGGAGUAAUGCUAUAAUUGAAAUAAUAUUUUCAUAGUUAAAAUGCUGUAAAUGCUCCCUGAUUCCAUUUGAAUUUGGAGACUGAAGUAUUUAUUAACAUCAGAAGUUCAAUUGUAUAAAGUUGAUUACUGGAUCUCUUUGUCAUGAUAAUAUUCCUGAAAUGGAAGAUUUGCCAUGAAUGGCCAGCAACAAAUCUGGAAUAAUUUUCUGUAUAGUAUACUAUUUUAAAAAUAAAACCUUAAACAUAUUGAAGACAAA